AAUUACCUACAGCUUAUGAGAGAGAGUUAGGGAUUAUGAAUCUCAUGUAAGUUUCAAUGUUUGGAAAUGUUUAAAUGGAAGUUUUGAGUUCUGAUUCUUACUGGCUUACUACAAUGUAAUGGUCUAUGGUCAGUAAUAGCAAAGAGAAGAUGACUUCUGGAUUUUGUGCUUACUUUUAAUAUUAAAGUACAAAAAGUUAAAUGCAUAUGUGUGUUAAAUUUCAUUGUUCCUCCUUUCUUAUCUGAUGUAAUGAACUGGAUGUGAUUGUGAAGGAAGUAAUGAUCAAUAAAGAAAAUAAUGGAAUUCCUAGAUUUUCAGCAGUUGUCGUACUAAUGAUCGAACUAAGGAAGACAUCUAAUGCUUAGAUAUUGAGCUUAUUUUGAACACAUAAAAGUUUGUCAUGCAUCAAAUUCUUCGACAUAUUGUCAUUCUUACAUGGAUAGUUCUCGAUCUGUACUGAAGGAAGGAGUAAAGGAACAUGAUUUUAGAUAAGAUCAAGUGAAGUGUUAGCUCCAAACAAGAGUUGCCCAUAUAAAGUUCUCAAUCUUUCUUGAUGUGACCUGCUGGAACUUGAGAACUGAAAGGACUUAUGAUAAUAACGCAUCAGCUGUCUUCAGUGAAAUCUUGAGUUGGUUCCAUUCAGAAGAGUGGAUUUCUGCUCUUGUUGUUCCUGCCUGCUGUGCUGGUAGUCCAUUUGGGAAUUGCUGUAGCAAGUGUUCUAGUGUCUUCGUAACCCCAUCAAGGAAUAUAUUUCAAAUCGUGCUUACUUCCGCCUACAAUGUGGCGAGAUCUUAUCUUAAUAAUGUCAAACCAGAUGUGUACAAGAGACGAUUUUUGUUUCUCUUGUAUAAUAUUCUCGAAUAAAAUGAGUUGGUUUCUUUAGCAAACACCUCAUAUGACUAUUUUUAAGAAAAUUUAUGUUAUGAUAGUAACUGAUGGUUGUAUCACAUUUUUAAGUACACAAUGAUCACUUUAUUUAAAGAAGUUUUAUGAAUUCCUGGUUGACAGUAUUUUAUGUUCUAAACAGAAAUGAUUGAAAUUAGUAGUACGAUAAAUUCCUGAAUGUGUAACAUUGUGUAAUCUGACAAUAAAGUUGUGUUGAUUUGUAA